AGUACCGGCAGUGCAACGAUAAGCUACGUACGAAUGAGAAAGAGAAAAAAUUUCGCUACCAGGACUCAACUAUAAAGGCAUUCAGUACAGGCGACUGCAACGAUCUCUGGUGCAGUUGGCAGGCGCCGUUUAUCGAUGGCUACCCAAAGUAUGAACAAGCAUAAGGCACCUAGUAGGUCCUUAUCGACGAAAGCUCCCGAAGGUAGAAGAACAUCAGUAUCAUCGCAACCUUCGAGGAGAGCGUCGAUUGUUUCUUGGAGAGCAUCAACUGGAUCUAAUUUUCUUGAGGUUGAACAUUGUCUUAUGUGCGUUCAAGUUCCAACUGGUGGAAGGACAUUAAAAUGCGAUCAUAUAAUUUGCGAAGGGUGCCUUCGACAUUACUGCGCCGUUUAUGGAGGGGUAUGCUACGAAGAGGAUGACCAAUUUGUUCGUUGUCCUGUUUGCCUGCAGACAACACUUUUAGAGAAUAACGGUCUGUCAGGGUUACCGGCUGCUGGAGAGGGAAUAUCUUCACCUCGAACAAAAUUACAACCUUUAGUCGAGUCCUUAAAAAAAUGUGACGUCUGUAGUUCAAAAUUGCCCCCUUCUCAAUCAAAUGGGACUUUAACACCAUCGCCUUCCUUCGGUUGUGAUUUAAGCUCAAGUUUCGUAGAUGACAUAGCAGAAUUCUAUUGUACAAAAUGUGCCGUCCAUUUAUGCGACGUCUGCAAGCAAUCUCAUUCAAAACCUUUGGUAUUUAGAGAUCACUCUGUACUACAUGUCAGCAAUAAAGAAGCUUUAACAACUAUUUGUUCUAUUCACAAUCAGAGAGAUUGUGCCUUCUAUUGCAACAGCUGUAAGACGUCCGCCUGUUCACUUUGUGUUCUUUUAGAGCAUAGCGAACAUCGCGUAGUAAAAUUACUGGAGGCAUUGGAUCAGAGUAGAGAUAUUUUAAGGUCUAGACUAGACAUGCUGACCCAUCAUUUAUCUAAUUUACGUCACCGCCUAGAACAAUUCACUCAAAAAAAAGUAGAUGGAGGAACUGGGAAGGAGGGUAGGGAUUUAGUAGAGAAAGCUGAACGUUUAUCCAACUUGUCUGCUACUGUUCUCGAAUUAGCGCAAUCGCAAAAGAUUUUAACUCUGUACGAAGACCUAUCGUCCAGGAUAAAAUCCGUUAUCGAUAUAGAAAUACAUCAACUUCGAAUGGCUUUGGAUAGUUCAGUCACUCCUGGUUCAGAGCAACCAAGUCCAGAGCCAAACAUGAAAACUGAGCACGAACAAUUAAAAAGAACUCAUACUGGAAACGCCCUUUAUAAACCGGAAGUAAUCUGGAGAAUGGAAAAGCUCAGAACUGAUUCAUCCGAUUUAUUCAAUCCUUGCGACGUUGCUUGGUAUGAGAAUAGGCUGAUUAUAGUGGAUUAUGAUACGGCAUCGAAUAGCAAGUUAAGAGUCUUCGACGUGGCGGCUAGAAAAGAAUUAGGGAUAUUAGGAACGUCCGAUGUUAAGCCUUUAGGCGUUUGCGUCACCAGAGAUGGCAAUAUAGCUGUAACUGAUAGUAAAGAGAAAAAAGUAAAAAUUCUCUCUUCCGAGGGAUUACUCAUUGACUCUUGGGGAAAAGGCCAUUUUGGAUGGCCUUAUGGUAUUACUGUAGAUUCCAGAGGGCAUUUCAUAGUAUCUGAUGCAUUUAGUGAUACUGUCGGCAUCUAUUCUAGUGACGGAAAGCUCAAAGUUAGCGUCGGGAAUAAAAAUAUAACCUUAAGAAAUCCUUAUCAUGUGACUGUUGAUAAAAACGAUAAUGUUGUAGUUUGUGACAGUGGAAAUAAUUGUGUAAAAGUAUUCGAUAUAAGUUCUGGUCGUCUUAUGGCAUCGAUGAGACGAACAAUUUCUUCAUCAGCUGGUCCUAGAAAGAGUACAAAAUUAAGAUCUCCUAAAGGUGUUUGUACGGAUCAUAGGGCUGGUCAUAUCCUGGUUGCUGACGAAUUUAGUAGAGUAUGCAUGUUUGAUACUCAAUUCGAAUAUGUGAGAAACUUAUUAACUGAACAAGAUCAUAUAAAAUUCCCAGAAGCUCUAGAUAUUAACAAAUAUGGACAAUUGGCAGUUACUGAAUGGAGCCCAUCAAAUAUGUGUGCUUUAACCGUAUUUUCGAUAUAUGCAUAACUCUGAAAAGUAUCUCCACUUUUACAAUCUUCUAGUUUCUUCCCUAUUUUCUCCUCUCUCUUUCUCUCUCUCUCUCUCUCUCUCUCUCUAAUUCUUUUCUUUUCCUUUUUUAUAUACUUAUUUCUCUGUCUUUUUCUUUUUUUUCACUCUUUAUUACUUCCAACCUUCCAUUUACUUGUCAGUCUACAGUAUUUAUUUUCUCGUUCAAGUAGUUUAAGAAUACUUUUCCUAUCCUUCUCCGUCUUUUUCCAAUUAAUUAGUUUUAUUGCCAUUUGUUUUAUUUAUUCUGUAUAUAUAAAUAUAUAUAUUUCAACUUUUUUCUACAAAAAUAGAAAUUUAUUAACCUUAAAAGGUUAAAGAACAUUUGUUUGUUUUAUUUGUCUAUUAAAAAUGAUUUAUGCAGAAAUUGUUUGUGAACAGAAAUGAGAAUUUUAGAAACAAUAACAAACAAGAAUAUCAGGAAGUUUCCUAUUGCAAUGAGAAAUAUUUAAUAGAAAGAAAAAGGAUAGGAAACAAUUUUUUCAAUUCUCGUGAGUAGUAUUCCUAAAAAUAUGAAGAAAAGAUCGUUAAAGCAGUUUCUUUGCAUGAUUUUCAACUCUAAUCGUGUUUUUUUGUGCUAUACGAAAAUAGAGGCAUUAUAUUUGAGUAUAAAUGUGUAUAGUUUCUUUGUAAGUACUGAUUCUAAUGGAAUAGCUUUAUUCAUUAUAGUAUUUUUUUCACCAUUUCUUUAUAUCUUUAAGAAGAUGGAAACUGUAUAAUUUCAGGUUUCAAUUUUCAUAAGGUUAUUAUAUUAAAUAUCUUUAUCUCUAUAUAUAGCGUUCUUUUUUACUUUUUUAUGAGACUCUAAUAAAAGAACAUUGGUACAGAAAAAUAUUUUACGAAAGGAUAACAACCAUUGUUAAUAAUGCACCUAAAAAUUUUGUUCGAAUAUGCGAUACUAAUUAAUUUACGUUUCUUAAUUAACUUAACAAUUACAGUCUUGUUUGUACUGUUUUUCUCCUACUACCGCUACUACUGUUCUACAGCAAUUACUAUUAUCUUCCUAUCUCUUUUCUCUCAGCUCUUCUUUACUAUCUCACCCUCAUUCCUCCUCAUUCCUCACCUUAUCACCUUUUCUUCAUUUUAAAAAAGCUAUCUAUUUUCCAACACUUAUAUUUAUCACUAAUAAAAUAUAUCAUUUUAAUUAGCAUGACCAUUUGUUCCGAUAGUCUCUUUUGGAGCAAAUUACUUUGUG